AUGUGGUCCUGGUUCAGUGGCACGGUGCCCAAGGUGCCACAGGCACCGCAGGCGCCAAAACCAGAGCGCUGCAGUGGUGAUUGGCGGAGGCAACAGUACCAGUUGCCUCCAAAGAUGCUUUGCGCUCGCGCACCAAGGUGGCCUUGCCCUGAAGUGCCUUCCUCAUAUUUUCGCGAGGCGUGCUACAAGCAGUUGCCCUCUCCGGGCCAAUGGAUCUGCAGCUGCUCACUUGCAAACAUGUUGGAGGAAGACUUCUGUCGUGGAUGUGGGGGCAAGUCCCCUGCACGUUGCGAGAAGGACCUGGCAGCUCGGGCGCGCGAAGAAGAGCGCUUGAGGCUGGAAGAAGUGGCACGACAGGAGCGCGCCCAGUGUGGGCAACUGACGGCGGCUGACUUGAAAUUCGCUCACCUUGAAGGUCGAAAGAUGAUGCCUGAACUCAGGGGCUACGAGGAGAUGCCAAAGAUGCACCGUGAUGGCAAUGAUGAGGGCGUGGGACGGUGCGUUGAGGCGUUGGUGGCGUUGGUGGGGGUGAGCUGUGGUCUCGAUAUGCAGCAUUCCAAGAAGUAUUUUCGUUUGUUGAGAAUUCAGAUGGACGCUGUUGAAGAAUCCGUUCAGAUGCCUCAUUGCGCCUCUGUUUCGGGCGACAGUGCACAAAGAUGCGCGCGGGACCAAAAGGAUGCCAUGAGGUGGCUCAAAACGCUGGCCAUGUGGUCCUGGUUCAGUGGCACGGUGCCCAAGGUGCCACAGGCACCGCAGGCGCCAAAACCAGAGCGCUGCAGUGGUGAUUGGCGGAGGCAACAGUACCAGUUGCCUCCAAAGAUGCUUUGCGCUCGCGCGCCAAGGUGGCCUUGCCCUGAAGUGCCUUCCUCAUAUUUUCGCGAGGCGUGCUACAAGCAGUUGCCCUCUCCGGGCCAAUGGAUCUGCAGCUGUUCAGUUGCAAACAUGUUUGCUGAAGACUUCUGUCGUGGAUGUGGGGGCAAGUCCCCUGCACGUUGCGAGAAGGACCUGGCAGCUCGGGCGCGCGAAGAAGAGCGCUUGAGGCUGGAAGAAGUGGCACGACAGGAGCGCGCCCAGUGUGGGCAACUGACGGCGGCUGACUUGAAAUUCGCUCACCUUGAAGGUCGAAAGAUGAUGCCUGAACUCAGGGGCUACGAGGAGAUGCCAAAGAUGCACCGUGAUGGCAAUGAUGAGGGCGUGGGACGGUGCGUUGAGGCGUUGGUGGCGUUGGUGGGGGUGAGCUGUGGUCUCGAUAUGCAGCAUUCCAAGAAGUAUUUUCGUUUGUUGAGAAUUCAGAUGGACGCUGUUGAAGAAUCCGUUCAGAUGUCUCAUUGCGCAUCUGUUUCGGGCGACAGUGCACAAAGAUGCGCGCGGGACCAAAAGGAUGCCAUGAGGUGGCUCAAAACGCUGGCCAUGUGGUCCUGGUUCAGUGGCACGGUGCCCAAGGUGCCACAGGCACCGCAGGCGCCCAAACCAGAGCGCUGCAGUGGUGAUUGGCGGAGGCAACAGUACCAGUUGCCUCCAAAGAUGCUUUGCGCUCGCGCACCAAGGACGGCGGAACCGUAUGUCAUUUCAGCCCCGAUCCCGGCGUGUACAGUUGGCUCUCCGGCCACUUCCGUGCAUCCGUCCCUUGACCCUUUCAAUGCCGAGACAGUGAACCCACCAUAUACUGCUCCUCCGAUGUUGGCUGGCCCGUAUGCUGGCAAUACCGACGGGGAAGUUGAGGAGAUGGUCAUAGGACCUGGAGGGGGGGACGAUGGGGAUGAUGGGGACGAUCAUGAUGGCUCGCCUGUCCCAUCUCCAUCGCCAAUGCCCGAAGCCCAUAAGAAGAAAGAUAAGAAGAAGGCGCCAGGCGGUGAUGGAGGAGGGGGAGGUGAUGACCCUGACAAAGAUUCCGAUGACAGUGAUGAAAAGUUUGUUCGACGUAUGAAGAAGUUUUUGGGGGGUGGUUUCAACCAUAGCGGGCAGGAUGAGAAGCCCAAGGUCAAGGAAGCAGAUACCAUCAAGCUUCCGGCCAUCCCAGGUCCGGAGACAUACAGAAAUUGGCGCAUCAAAACCCGAGAGGCAAUAGUCGCAGCGUCGACCAACCCAGAUUCAGCAUUUGCAUGGAUUGGAGAGGUUUGGAAAGAAGGACAGACUAUUGAAGCCCUCCGGAAGGUGGCGCCGUUUGCAACACUAGAUGCCAAGCUCCUGUCAGCUCUAACCAACAUCAUUACGGGGGAUUUUGCCCGAAAGGUUGACACUUUCAAGGAGACCGAAGCCAAUGAGGGGAGAAUCGUGAGGGGUCGCCAAGUUCUUUUCAUGUUACACGACCAUUUCAGUACAAACAUGAAACAUGGCUCAACCUACGCCCUUCAGGAUCUGUUUAGUGUCCACCUAAAGGGAGAGAACCUCAAGACAUUCAUUUCGAAUUGGGAUCAAGUGCUAGCAGGUAUUGUGAAAGUUCCUGAAGAGUCAGUACUGGAAACACUGUUCUAUAAUCAGGUCAAGAACUGCAAAGCCAUAGCCCAUGAUUUGAAUGAGUACCAUCGAGCAGACGAAGGCACAGAGAAAAGGAAAUAUGACUUCCUUGUUUCCGCCGUGCGCAGGCACCUGGAUCGUGAACGCCUGGAAACCAACCGAGAGAGGGUUGCUCGGAACCUUUCAGGUACUGCCAAGCCUUCCGCACCUGCCGUCGAAGGAAAGGUAGGUUUCAUUCCACGGGGUUACUGUGUUAAGUGGAACAAGGGAGGAUGCACUAAUGAAAAUUGCACGUUCAAACAUGAGGUUCCAUCCAAGAGAACUCCAUCCACCAAACCCAAGAGGGAUUCAAGUCGUGGACGAUCACCAUCAAGAACCCAAUCACCCAGAGGUAAGGGGAAGAAGAAGGAAUGUAUUUUCUGGAAGAGGGGACGUUGUGAGCGGGGUGACAAGUGCAAUUUUUCGCACAAUGGCCCUGCUGGGAAGCCCAGACAAGCUACUCCCGCAAGAUCCAAUUCAAGUGGAAAGAAAGGGGGUAAGAAGACAUCUAGAAGUCCCGGCAGAAAGUCAUCAAGAAGCCCCGGCAACAAGAGGAGCCCCCGAAAUUCCAGAUCACCUAAGGGGAAUAAGAACAGCUCAAGCGGUGGCAAGGCAACUCCAGCAGCGGUUUGUCUGGUAGCCUCAAUGCUCGCAUCCGUGGCCAGUGGUUUCGCAAUCGAUCCCAUGAAGGUAUGCUGUCCCAGCAUUGGCAUCCGCUUCUCCGAUGAGGUUGAUGUGCACCGGGUUGCAGCCCGUGGGAACAUGUGGCCUAUUGUGAAUGGCGAACCAAAGAAGCGAACCACCUAUCCAUGGGGUCACAAGUUUGAUGUCGACCAACAGGCCGUUAAUGAUAGUGCAUUGUCUGCCACUAUGCUUUCGGGUGCUGUUGAAAACUCUCUGAAGGGAAUCACAGCCAAAUGUAACUACGAAUGCGAUACCGAAUUUGGUUGUGGUUAUUGCAUUCCGAAAGGCAUUGUUGCUGCCCCUGCCGAAUCAAGGGAAAUGAUUGAAGGUUCGAUCGACUUGCAGCUCGAUUGGAUUGCAGACACAGGCAGUGCCCAAGAUCUGGUUUCUCAAGGGGAAUUGCCUGAUGAUUAUGGGUACUACUCAUCCAAUCCAAUACGAAUGAUGACUGCUAAUGGUGAAAGUUCACCCAUGAAACAAGGAAAAGUUUUCGUCCCCAGAUUGGGUAAGACGGUAGAUCCAUACCUAGUCAAAAGCACUCCUGCCGUACUUUCCGUAGGAAUGAGAUGCAUUGACGAUGGUUACGAUUUCAUAUGGAAGGGUUCAAAGGGUGAGGACCCCUAUUUCGUCAAACCUGAUGGUAAAGUGGUCCCACUGACCGUGAACGACUACGUACCCUACCUUGCUGCCAAGCCAGGACGUCUCACUGCUGCACCCGCAAAGAAGGUUGCACGCCGGGAGGCCGUGCCGGUCGCCGACGUGGAGCCUGAAAGGGAUCCAGGGGAGUUUAUUAUCCACAUUGAAAGGGAUGAGCCUCCUCUCGAUAUAGAUGGGUUUGUAGCUGAGAUGGAAGAAUUAGCUUCAUCUGAUCCCCCGAAGGGAACGCCUAGACCAGAUAGUUCCAGACCUGACGUUGCGUAUGUGGAUGUUUCGGGCAAGAAGAAAGAAGAGGGCAAAGAUUCAUCUAGUCCUCCGGAAGGAGAGGCCUUUGUUGUGGACUUUUCAUCAAAACGGAGUCAAGGUGAACAGGCACUUAGGGAAGAAGCAAAAUCUAAGAGCCAUCUACUUUGUCACUUGCCCAAGAAUCCAUAUUGCAAGACCUGCCAGCAAGCCAAAAUGUUGAAGCCCCCAUCCCGAGUAUCCGGGGGGUCCAAGCACAUCGAUGCCGAAAGAUUUGCAGAACACAUCACUGCCGACUUUCUAAUCGCCGCUACCGAUGAGGAAGCGGGGCUUGAUGGAGAACAGGUUGCAAUGGUUGUGAAGGAUGUGGCCACCGAUUUCAUGUACAUCUAUCCCAGUGGUAGGAGAACGGCCAAGGAUGCUGUUUUGGCCUUAAAGCACUUCAUAGGACACAACGACGAAGUUGGCAUUAUGUAUAGUGACUAUAGUGACAAUGCUCCCGAACUUUUGAGUGCACUAAAGGAUCUCAAAUGGAGACAUGUGCUUAGUAAGGAGUACAUUUCGAAGUCCAAUGCUAUUGCCGAAAGAUCCAUUAGAUCAGUCCUUGAAGGUGCCAGGGUCAAUCUCCACCAAGCCGGGUUACAUCACAUGUACUGGCCGCAUGCUGCACGCCAUUGGUGCAUGAUGCAGAACGUCAUGUCUCGAACAGGGUCAGACACUCCCUGGAAGAUUCGUUUUGGGGAAAACUUUAAGGGUCCCCUGAUCCCGUUUGGAUGUCGUAUCGACUAUUGGAAUGGUCCCAGAAAACGACGGGUAAAGGAUGGACUCAAGUUUGAAGCCACAUCAAGUGAAGGCAUCUUCAUGGGGUAUGCAAUUCAUCCUGAAUUCAUGUGGAAAGAAGAAUUCUUUGUUGCAUCAUUGAAACAACUAAUUGACAAUGCAUUCGAUGAACCCGCACAAAUCAUGAGAGUGAUUAAGAUCAACAGAGUAGACGAUAUCGUUUUCCCUCUAUCAAACCGGCCAGCUCAAUUCAAGGGCAUCGCAUCCGAUGAUCAAGAUGAUGACGAUGGGGUCGAUCGUGACCUUUCAGAUCGGUCGAUCGUGACCUUUCAGAUCAAGAUGCAAAGCCUGCGCGGGAGCCAGAGCCGACGGCAAAACAAAUCGAAGACGGGGAAAUGCCUCAAUCGUCAAGUGCAAGUGCCGUUUAUAAUCCAACAUGGUUAG